AAGCUGGAGCUGGAACUGGAUUUCCGAGGGGUCGAUCCCGCAGCUGGCCAAUGGCUCUUCCAGGCCGAGGCCCCGGCGACGCAGAACCAGCGGGAGGCGGAGGGCUCCGGGUCGAGUGGCAGGACCGGGAGACGGCUGCGCUGGUUCAUCACCAUGGUCCUGUAUGCUGCCUUCGUAGGGCUGGGAAUAAGUAUCUCUAUACUUGGACCUACAUUUCAAGAUUUGGCAAGAAAUGUGAACCAAAAUAUCAGCAGUCUUUCUCUAAUAUUUGUGGGCCGUGCCUCUGGAUUUGUAUGUGGUACUAUGAUUGGUGGAGUUCUUUUUGACUGUAUGAAUCCUCUUUUAUUUUUGGGUGUGUCCAUGUUGGCUACCACAGUUGGGUUUUAUAUCAUUCCUUUCUGCAAGAAGGCAGUCUUACUGACUGUCAUGAUGUCUGUCUUUGGUGCUUCAGCUGGUGUUGUAGAUACAGGUGGGAAUGUCCUCAUCUUGGCUCUUUGGGGGGACAAAGGAGCCCCCCAUAUGCAGGCCUUGCACUUCAGUUUCGCCUUGGGUGCCUUUCUGGCUCCCCUGCUGGCUAAACUGGCAUGGGGCACAGCAGCCUCUGCUGCAAACCACACAGAGCCUGACUUUCAUCCUCUAAUGCUGAACGGAUCCUCCGAAGCCACCUCAGACCCUCUGUUUGCAGUGCCUGAUGACAUGAAUUUGCUGUGGGCUUAUGCUUCCAUCGGCACUUAUGCUUCAGUAGUUUCUGUCCUUCUCUUGGCUCCAUUUUUUAAAAAACGCUCAAAACAUAAAAAAUCCACAGCAUCAGCCCAGCGAUCUCAAAGAGCUAAAUACCACAAGGCCCUGCUCUGCCUCCUCUUCCUGUUCUUCUUUUUCUACGUUGGCGCUGAGGUGACAUAUGGCUCUUACAUAUUCUCAUUUGCAACCACCCAUGUUGGCAUGGAGGAAAGUGAAGCAGCCGGGUUGAACUCCAUCUUCUGGGGGACCUUUGCAGGCUGCAGGGGCCUGGCCAUCUUCUUUGCAGCGUGUCUACAGCCUGGAACCAUGAUUGUGUUGAGCAACGUUGGCAGCCUGGUCUCAUCUUUAUUUCUGGUGCUUUUUGACAAGAACAAACUUUGCCUCUGGAUCGCAUCUUCAGUGUAUGGAGCCUCGAUGGCAACCACAUUUCCCAGUGGAGUUUCUUGGAUUGAGCAGUACACCAGCAUAAGUGGGAAAUCUGCAGCAUUUUUUGUAAUUGGUGCCUCUCUGGGAGAAAUGGCUAUUCCUGCAAUAAUUGGAAUUCUUCAAGGACAAUAUCCAGAUUUGCCAGUAGUUCUGUACACCUGUUUGGGGUCCGCAGUAUUCACUGCUGUCUUAUUUCCUGUGAUGUAUAAAUUAGCUACAUUACCCCUGGAACACCAGCAAAAAUGAAAGAGAAGAGUGAGGAUCAGAAGGGUUUGUUCUCCAGUUCUGAGCUAAAUGACUGUGAGGAAGAGAAUGCAUGGGAAGACACUCAAAAAAAAUGCAAUGAAAUGGAUUUUUUUAAGUGGUUGAAAUCAAGAAUACGAUGCAUUCUGCAACAGAAAUAUCUAGAAAUAUUUUGAUGGAACU